AAAAGAGGGAAGCUGAAGUUUAGCAUAGAAUUUUCUUUCAUCUUGACUUAAUUGAAUUUGUAAAGUUAAGGUCCUCGCAGAUUUUGUUGUUCUUGUUUGUUAAAGCACCACAGAUCUGGUCUGGGCAUUAUUGGCUAAUGAAAAUUUCCAAAUGUACUAGCUUCACAAUUUUUAAGCUCUGCAGUACUGUAUCUUAUAUCAGUAAUUCAAUCGUCGCUCACAAUUUAUUUUUUCCCUCAAAAGAUCGACCACAUUAUGCUUACAAAAUUUUUUCGUCUUUCAAUCAAACAUGUAGUUGUCCUUCAUAGUCUCUGUGAUCUGCGGAACAAGGAUUUGUUCAUCACGGUAAGAGCCACAAGGACACGAGUAAGAAGAAGAUGCUCAUACAUAUGCUGCUUACCUUUCAUAUUUUUCGAUGGUGUUCAUAUGCUAUUAGGUUAUAAGUACUUUCAUAUUUUUUGAUUAAGGCUCCUGCAUCUGUACUAUACAAUCCAUCGUCGGAUGAAUCUUCCGCUGUUUGAGCAAGUACAGAUGAACAUCCUUGUCUCCAUAUUGAUAACAGAUGAUACAGGUGAACAUCCCCCUUCUGGUCUCCAUAUUUUAAAGGUAAAACUGGAGGCAUGCGCAUGAUGUUCAAGUCCCGCUAAUAAAAAGCUAUUGCUAUGUCAAGCAAGCCCUCCGCAAGCAUGAACGAGAUCGGGUGGUCACGGAAGAGAUCGUAGGUUUCGUAUAUCGUUAGCGCACAUGAAUUCGUCAUUCAAGGUCAAGAGCACCGAGAGGCCUAUGCUAUGAGUGUGAUCGAGGUGAAGUAGCAGUACUUCAUUGCAAGGAGAGAAAGAUAGAGACAGAGGUAAAAUCGUCUUCGUUUGUUUGAAUCUUUGAUCGGAGUACUACUACAAAGUCGCUCACAAAAAUAGAAGAGGGAGAUGAUUCAAAGUCUUUUCAAGCAAGUGACGCAUCAAAAGUAAGAGCGCGGGAAAAACAAAGUAUAUAAAAGUGCACUGCCUGCAAAUGCAACCGAUAUAUGCAAUUAUGUGCAUCCUAAUCCUAUUAUAUCUCCGUAGCUAGAAAUUUUGUUGCAGAGAAGAUCCUUUUUUUCACGAGUCUAGCUACCUAGUGAUAUAAUUUACAUAAGUAGUUAUAGUUUUUGAAUAAGUCACUGUCACAAGUACUUAGCACCAACUCAAAGCAAGAUGCGUCAACGAGCGGAAGCGGACGAAACGCUCUCAAACGGGAGUAAGACCUCAGAUGGAAGCGCCGGUGGCGGUGACCGACCAACUCGGUAUUCGUUGAACCAGUCCUACUAUGGCGGAGCAGUAGCAAAGGAUAAUAUGAGCAGGUCCAACAUUAAUGACGUAAGUACUUAUUUCACCUAUCGUAUGGUAUUAAGUAUUACAUUUAGGUAUAUUAGAAUGAAGACGACUUAUACUUCCUAACAACUCAGGUAAAAAGAAGAACUUAAUCGCACUAGUAGCUGUCAACCAAAAAAAAGUAUUUAGAGGAUCUGGAAAGAAAAUCUUCGACGAAAAUAUCUUCAUCCACGACAGAUAUACCACUUUCCCUUUCGAUCUAUUUUCUUCAUCGUCAUCAAACUUCUACAUAGACUCCCUUGCCAUCAUGUUCAGGUACUAUUCUUCAGGCAGUGGUCCACGAGUCGGCCUUGAAGACGCAUCUAGUUCCGGAAGCGAUGAUGAGCUUGGUGGAGGCAGCUGCGUCAAUUUCGACAAGCGCGGCGUCGGUAGAGACUUAUGGCUACACAGCUUUGCUCUGGUCUUGUUCAGUUGCCACAACCCCGACAUAUUAAAAUUGUGUUGUUUUCCCCUGAAGAUACUCCAUACUCCUCCGCUGUCUUCGUCUCUAAGAUACCAAGCGGGUAGUAAGGGGAGUGCUGCCAGUACAAAAUCAGGUUCAAAAGUGUCCUCGUCUGCGAGCUCGCAGAUGACAGACGUGGGAGCCGGGAGUGGGGAGACACAUGUUCGAUCUUCCUCAAAGCAUUCGAAUCAACAGCGCAGUGCGCCUUCCAACUACAACUACCAAGAUCAAGGGUCCAAGAAGUUCAACAGCAUGCACUACCUUUACGACCUUUUGAACUAAAUGUUGUAUCUUCUAUAAGUAUCUAUAAGAUUCCAUCUUAACAUGCUGUCUAUGAGGCCUUACGCAGGUUCCUCUUUACAGAAUGCUUGCAUGGGUGGAAGUCUUCGUGUACAAGCAAUCACAUAAAAAAAAGAAAAAUCCGCUCCGCUGAUCAUCAAGAAUAGAGAGUUGGCGUGUAAGUACGUACAGCCGAAGUAUGAAUUUCAUUGUACCUUGAAGGUCGUUGUUACUAAAAUUUGUUUUAUAAUGUUGCCUUUUUCUCUGUCUCUGAUUAAUCAGAUACAGGUCGAGAAAAAAACAAGUCAGUCACAGUCGUGAAUCGUCUCUAAUGUAAGCAAGGCGGUUUUGCCCCUAGCCAUGGCGAAGUAGAUGCGGGCAUGUCGACAUCGGCUAGCGGUUCAGAUGUUGAUUGCGUCCAUUCUACAUCUUCCGACGAGCAGCAACCCACUAUCAAGGGCACAACAAAGGUCGAAGUGGACUCCGGACUAGGAAUUCUUAUGGACCACGACGUCAUUGGUUUAGCUUUACAUGUUGAUCGUGUGAAUGUGAAUAAUCUUCAUCUUGGAGCAGCAGUAGUUACAAAUUCCUUCUAAGUCUUUAUCAAGUUGUUCAAUAAGGUUGAAGGAAGAGAACUUUCUGUUGCGUGUUUAGAUUUGAACUUUGUACCCCUCGAAUGGGUUAAGUACUACUGAUGCAAUUAAUGUACCAGUGCUUAUCCAGAGAGAGAUGAUUACCUUCGGGAAGUUUUUUCUUUUUUUUACUCUUUCUCUAACCUAUUCCGACUUGUUCAGAAGAUCUGCCUCCUCCUCGUAAUCAUGGCGGUUGCUGCUUUCAAGGCGGGCCAGGCAGCAGGACUCAUUGUGCGAAUGGAAUCUGGGUACUACAUGUAAAUCCACCAUGUAAAAGAACAGAAUAGAUGAAAGAAGUAGAACGGUAGAGUAGAAGGAAGUAGGGCACUUCAAGCGGGUUUGUGUGCCCGCCCAUAACUCUUCGGUAAGAUGUUUUGAUAGGUGUACAUCUAGAACAGAUUCAAGCACUGAGUUCUCUGCUUCAAAGAUUCUUCUUCAAGCAUUAACUUCAUCAACUACAGGGUGAACGUUUAUUUCGAUUCGAGGAUGCCGCUGUGUCCAGGAGAAACCUGCGGAUUUCCUCUCAGCAUCGCUAUAGCCGUAGCGAGUGCCAUUCUGAUGCUCCUGUCUUGGGUUGUCUACAGUAUGCUGGCCAAUGCGAAGGACUGGAACUUUGCGGUGCGUGCCGAUAAAGCCGCUUCGGCGGUCUCAUAAAUGCUAGAUAUAUGCCCUCCAGUUUCUAGGUUACGAGUGUAAUUACCUGUCCAUAUCCAAGCAGCUGACAAUGAUUUUGAUAAUGAGUAUAUCCCGAUCAACUACAAAAUUUACCUAGUAGUAGCGUGUGUGUGUGAUGGGACAAUUAACAUUCUUUUUCUUUCGAUUUUUGAACUUCAUCGAGUCGUGUACAGUGUCGUUUGCUGGAAAAAUUUGCUUUUUUUUUGAUGACCAUCACUAACGGAGCAUUAUUAACAUACGAGUACAAGUAGAACUAACUUGUUACAGAAGAAACUACGCAGCUUUGCCGGUAAGGACUCCAAGAGUCGAUACCCACGUGCGCCGGGCGUAGAACAUUGACACUUAUGGGGCAUCAAGAAGACACCUACCUUGCAUGGAAUCGUCAUUGAUAUUGUAUACACUGAGAGCAAUCUGACCAUACUUUCGAUAUUGAUUCUUUUGAAUUUCAAAUUUAAUUUAGUGACUAGCAAUGCCUUUGAUGCCCUUAUCCCUAAGCUCUUUCAACAAAAUCAAAACAUGACUUAGCUUUACUGUACAGGCGACGAGCACUGUUCCUUCAUUGAAAACGCAUUUUUCUCGAGUGAUAUACUAAGUAAUCUACAACCGUGCGACCUGUACCUACUAUAACGAUAAUAUUAAACGCUACUCCUGUAUAGUUUUCGAUUUCGUUUUUUUUAUGCUAUGCAAUUUACAUGGAAACGUGUGUCCAUGACGGUGCGGACAAAAGACGAAGGCCACGUUGUGGCUCGAACGGGGGCUUGCGAUACAACAAAUUGAGA